CGCCUUCUAAACAAGUGCUUCUGCUAAAUAUUAAUACCUGUCUUGUACCAUCAGCGCCUUAGUCACUUCUUCCCGCAACAACUUCAUAAACCACCCUCCCUGGUCUUGCGCUUUGCCUCGAACUUCCCUUCCCCACAGCCCUGGCGGCUCCUUCUUCACAGUUCCUUCUACUGGACCCAUCAAGCACCAUUCUCCUGACUGACCUCCCCAGCCCGUGUGUGUGUGUGUGUUUGUGGUGCCCCUCCGGACCAUCUUAUAACCCCGUGAGGUGAUUCUUCUCCCGCGUUCUCUUUGCUUCUUGUACAUUCACUCCCCCCCAUGCUCUUUGGGAUGGUCCGAGGCCCGUAGGAAACAGUGACUUUGUGAGUGUGUGACAGGGGGCUGUGAUCUCUUAGCUCUGUGUUAUCUCCACAGCGGGAUCACAUUCCAGCUCUCGCCUUAUUUCUUUUCCCCCCUCUCCCUUUCAAUCAGCAGCAGCAGCAGCAGCUUGUGUGUAGCCCUCCCCUCCCCCUUGUAACCGUGUGUGCCCUCAUUGCCACCCCCCUCUCCUUCUCAUCACUGGCCAUUGGCUUUGCCCGGGUCUCAUUUUCCUGUCCAGCCCCUUAUGAAUGUCCAUUGGUUUUGCCUUCCCUCCUCCCCUUCUCUCCCACUGGCCCUGCCCAUGUUUUCUAUGUCUCUGUCCAUCCAGCUCCUGACGUUCAAGUUUGCAGGGACGUCACGUCCGCACUUGAACUUGCAGCUCAGGGGGGCUUUUGCCAUUUUUUUCAUUUCUCUCCUUCUCUAUCUCUCUCUCGCUCACUCUCCUUUUUUUCACCCCCCUCUAAAAAAAAAAAAAAAAAAAUGUCAUGACGGCUUGUCCCACAAUUCAUCUUCCCCGCACCAUCUUUGUAUUAUUUCUAAUUUAUUUUGGAUGUCAAAGGCAUUUGAUGAAGAUAUUUUCUCUGGAGUCUCCUUCUUUCUAACCCCGCUCUCCCGAUGUGAACCGAGCUCUCACGAGCCACCCACCGACCAACAUGUCUCGCCGCAAGCAAGGCAAGCCGCAGCACUUAAGCAAACGGGAAUACUCACCCGAACCUGUCGAAGCCAUUCUCACAGACGAUGAACCAGACCACAGCACAUUGGGAGCCGGGGAGGGGGACCAUGAUCUCCUUACCUGUGGCCAGUGUCAGAUGAACUUCCCAUUGGGGGACAUUCUUAUUUUUAUUGAGCACAAACGGAAACAAUGCAAUGGCAGCCUUUGCUUAGAGAAGGCUGGGGAUAAGCCACCCUCUCCCACACCAAGCGAACUCAAGAAAGCAUCCAAUCCUGUGGAAGUUGGCAUCCAGGUCACGCCGGAGGAUGACGAUUGUUUGUCAACGUCAUCCAGAGGAAUUUGUCCAAAACAGGAAAAUGCAGCAGGUAAAGAUGAGCCCAGCAGCUACACCUGUACAACAUGUAAACAGCCAUUCUCUAGCGCAUGGUUUCUCUUGCAACAUGCCCAGAACACCCACGGCUUCAGAAUCUACCUGGAAAGUGAACAUGGCAGCCCACUUACACCCAGGGUAGGCAUUCCAUCAGGACUGGGUGCAGAAUGUCCUUCACAACCACCACUCCAUGGGAUUCAUAUUGCAGACAAUAAUCCCUUUAACCUAUUGAGAAUCCCUGGAUCUGUGUCAAGAGAGGCUUCUGGUCUUACAGAGGGUCGUUUCCCACCAACACCCCCUUUAUUUAGCCCCCCACCAAGGCAUCAUUUGGAUCCUCACCGUAUUGAACGCUUGGGUGCAGAAGAAAUGGCCCUUGCAACACAUCACCCGAGUGCCUUUGACAGGGUGCUGCGACUUAACCCCCUGGCAAUGGAGCCACCAGCUAUGGAUUUUUCCAGGAGACUUAGAGAGUUAGCUGGAAACACUGGUUCCAGUCCUCCUUUGUCACCCAAUCGGCCCAGCCCUAUGCAAAGGUUAAUGCAGCCAUUCCCGUCAGGCAACAAACCACCGUUUUUGGCAACACCGCCUCUUCCUCCUCUUCAGUCAGUUCCUCCUCCUUCUCAACCUCCUGUCAAAUCCAAGUCCUGUGAGUUUUGUGGAAAAACAUUUAAAUUUCAGAGCAAUCUAGUAGUACAUCGCAGAAGUCACACUGGAGAAAAACCAUACAAAUGCAACCUGUGUGAUCAUGCUUGUACACAAGCCAGCAAACUCAAACGCCAUAUGAAAACACACAUACAUAAAUCUUCCCCUAUGACCGUUAAAUCCGAUGAUGGUCUUUCUACAGCUAGUUCUCCUGAACCAGGAACCAGUGAUUUACUUGGCAGUGCAAGUAGUCGCCUAAAGUCUGUAGUAGCCAAAUUUAAAAGUGAAAAUGAUGCAAAUAUGAUUCCUGAGAAUGGCGAUGAAGAAGAGGAGGAAGAAGAAGAAGAAGAGGAGGAGGAGGAGGAAGAAGAAGAGGAGGAAGACUUGACAGAAACAGACAGUAGGCCUGAUUAUAGUUUUGGCCUUAACCUCGAAGCAGCUCGUCAUCAUGAAAAUAACUCCAGAUCCGUCGAGGAGAGAUCUAUGCCUGAAGUCAUGCAAAGCAUGGGUCUUGGUGGAAUGCAUCACUUUAGUGAUGCCUUUCAUCAAGUAUUGGUGGAAAAGCAUAAAAGAGGGCAUUUAUCUGAACCAGAAGUGCAAAGGGACACUUGCGAUGAAGAUUCAGUGGCAGGAGAAUCUGAUCGCAUUGAAAGUGGCACAGUCAAUGGGAGGGGGUGUUCCCCAGGUGAAUCUGCUUCAGGAGGCUUAUCCAAAAAAUUACUUCUUGGAAGCCCAAGCUCUUUGAGUCCUUUUUCUAAACGCAUUAAACUCGAGAAGGAAUUUGAUCUACCUGCGUCAGCUAUGCCUAACACAGAAAAUGUUUACUCCCAAUGGCUUGCUGGCUAUGCCGCUUCAAGGCAGCUAAAAGAUCCAUUCCUAACUUUUGGAGACUCCAGACAAUCGCCUUUUGCCUCCUCCUCAGAACAUUCAUCUGAAAAUGGCAGUUUACGCUUCUCCACACCUCCAGGAGAAAUGGAUGGAGGAAUAUCCGGCCGCAGUGGUACAGGAAGUGGUGGAAGCACUCCUCAUAUUAGCGGGCCAGGGCCUGGAAGGCCCAGUUCAAAAGAGAGCAGGCGCAGUGAUACUUGUGAGUACUGUGGAAAAAUCUUCAAGAACUGUAGUAACCUCACUGUUCACAGGAGAAGCCACACAGGUGAAAGGCCAUAUAAGUGUGAGCUUUGCAACUACGCCUGCGCGCAGAGUAGCAAACUUACCCGGCACAUGAAAACACAUGGUCAGGGGGAAAAUACAGCAUCAUUAAAUCUAAGGACAGAACAAUCAAAUAUAUAUGGCAAGAAGUCUGAAAAGAUAUGCAAAAGUGUUAACAAAUAUGCAUACCAAUAUGGGCAGAAAUAAUUAACACAUCUAGCUUUGGAGGAGAAGAUGAAGAAAGAAAAGAAGAACGUGCUGAUAUGAACAGGCCAGAUAACUGUAAAUGCAGUAAAGUACUUCAACCUGGGCUCUCUGUAUAAAAGGUUUAGCUAAAUAGCCUUGGCCAAUGGACCAGGCAGGAAUGUUCAAAGCACACACUGCUUUCUCCAUCAUUCUGACUCUAUUGCAGAUGUCCAAGGAUAAUGUUUUUUGGGAUUUAACUUACUGUUGUUUUUAUGAAGGCGGCCAGUAUUUUAGGAUUUACAGAUUUCAUCAAGAUCUCCAGGAAAAAAAAAAAGGAUAAAAAAAAGGCAGUUCAUUUUCAUUCUCACCUCUUAAAAAGUAUUCAGUAACGUCAGGCAAAAUAAAUCCAGGUUUCUCAAAAUCCAAAUUCUGACUUCAAAUCUAUGCUGGACUCCUAGAAAGCAAAGUAAAUUAAGGAAGCAGAACAGAAUUGUGUAGCAUCUUCCCCCUAAGUAGAAAACAUUAGCCCAGAAGAUAAUAGACAGCACUGCCUCAAUAACUGGAGCUUUAAUAUUAGUCGACAAGAACACAACUUACAAAUCGUUGUACUCUGAGCUCUAAAGAAAAAAAUAAACAAGUACUACAAAAGUGUGACAUUUUCUAACAGUGUGAUAAAUUAACGGUGUUAUAAAAAACCAUGAACCAUCGAGGCCUUUUCAAGUUUGUUAGGAUUCUGCACCAGAUUUAUAUGGCAUCCAUAAUGUGUUCUUAAGCUGCUGUACAAUUCCAUGCAAGCAUGACCUAGUGUCCAGAGGAAAACUUUUAUAAAUAUAUUUCUAUGUUGAAAAAAUAUGUGAAAGUGAAAAAAAAAAAAAAAUAAUGUGGUUAACUGUUCAUUGUUAGAUUUCAAGGCCUACCAUCGAUACAAUGUCACUGUAUACAAUCUUUGCUAUUAAUGCAAAUACAACAUAAUACAUAAUACCUAGUCAAUUUAAUUUAAAAAAAAACUGGGUUAAAAAAUAAAAUUUUAGCUGCAUCUAUUCUCCAU